AUGUGCAGUAAUGUCAAGAUACCAGUGCAGAUGUCUCGAGAGCGGAGGGAAAGUUCCUCCAUUAGCUGGAACAGAGUUAAUUCUGCAAGGCCGGCCCAAGUGAAAAAGAAGCAGCAGCUCAGGAUGAAUGCCUUUUGGUUCCUGCCCAUUAUCAUCUAUGGAUUUUUACUAUUUAAGGACAGCACCUGCUGGACAUACAAUUUUUCACCCAAAAAUAUGACUUACAAUUACACUGAAGCAGAAAAAUGGUGUAAAACCUACUUUACACACCUGGUUGCUAUUCAAAAUAAAGAGGAAAUUGACUACUUGAAUGCAAACAUUGACAGAGGUAAUUACUGGAUUGGGAUCAGAAAAAUUAACAAGAAAUGGAGAUGGGUUGGAACAAACAAGCCACUGACUGAAGAAGCUAAAAACUGGGCAAGAGGUGAACCAAACAACCGAAAGAAAAAUGAGGACUGUGUGGAAAUCUACAUCCAACGAUACAAAGAUGCAGGGAAGUGGAACGAUGAAGACUGCCGUAUUAAGAAAAAAGCUUUGUGCUAUACAGUAAUUACUUGUGACCGCCUGAAAGAACCAGAUCAAGGUACCUUAGAAUGCAGCCAUCCAGUGAAAAAUUUCAGUUAUAACUCAUCUUGCAACAUCAAAUGCUUGGAUGGUUACAAAUCAACUGGGCUGGAACCAGUAGUGUGCACCCAUUCUGGAGAUUGGUCUGCACCCACUCCUCUGUGUAAAGUUGUGGAAUGUCCUGUGCUACAGAAUCCUGCCAAUGGAUCCUUCAACUGCUCCCACCCCUUGAGAAAUUCAUGGAAUUCAUCUUGCAACUUUGCUUGUGAAGAAGGUUUCCUCUUGAAGGGGUCCAACAGGCUUCAGUGUAGUGCAUCUGGAGAGUGGGAUGGACAGGAGCCAGAGUGUGAAGCAGUGAAAUGUAAAGCAAUACCUCAGCCUGAAAGAGGCUUUGUGAAUUGUUCCCAUGAUGCCACAGAACUAACCUUCAACUCCACCUGUGAAUUUGUUUGUAUGGAGGGCUACACCUUAAGAGGAUCACCCCAAAUUCAAUGCUCAUCAACAGGACACUGGUCAGAUUCAAUUCCUGGAUGUGAAGUUGUAGAGUGUCGUGAACUACAGCCUCCUGCUCAUGGCUUCUUGAACUGCUCUCACCCAGCUGGGAACUUUGCCUGGAAUACAUCCUGCAAGUUUGAUUGUAAAGAAGGGUUUGAUCUGAAGGGAUCCAGUGUGCUCCAGUGUGGUGCAUCUGGAAAGUGGGAUGGACAGGAGCCGGAAUGUGAAGCAGUGAAAUGUGAAGUGGUGCAACAGCCUGAAGGAGGCUUUGUGAAUUGUUCCCAGACUGCCACAGAACUGACCUUCAACUCAACCUGUAAUUUUUUUUGUAUGGAGGGCUACACUUUAAGAGGAUCACCCCAAAUUCAGUGCUCAUCUAUGGGCCAAUGGUCAGAGCCAAUUCCCAAAUGUGAAAAAGCUCCUCAGGCUUGGGGGAGUUACUUGACAAUUGGACCAGCAGCCAUUGGAGCCUCCUUCCUAUCAGUAGGAUCAUUCCUUAUUUGGCUCAUAAAGCGUCUUCGGAGAAAAGCAAAGACAUUUACUCCUGCCAGGGAGUGCUUCAAAGACAUUUACGAGAAGAUCAGCAAUUUCUUCAUUAAAAAGAAGAGAAAUGUCUAUAAUCCUGUUGCCAAGCCAAAUCGCUAG